CCUAGCCCUAGAGAUGAAGCUUGACGUGAAUGUGCUGCGCUAUCUCUCCAAGGAUGAAUUUCGUGUUCUCACGGCUGUGGAGAUGGGGAUGAAGAAUCAUGAAAUCGUUCCUGCCGAGCUUAUCGAUCGCAUUGCCGGGCUCAAGACUGGUGGAGCUUACAAGAACAUACGAACUCUUUUGCGACACAAACUCGUUCAUCACGACUCUACGAAGUACGAUGGCUAUCGCCUCACAAAUCUUGGUUAUGAUUUUCUCGCGAUCAAAACCAUGGUGAAUCGUGGAUUGAUCGUGGGAGUCGGUCGUCAAAUUGGUGUUGGCAAAGAAUCCGAUAUCUUUGAAGUAGUUGCUGAAGAUGGACAAACUUUAGCACUCAAGCUCCAUCGUCUGGGACGAACUUCAUUCAGAGCUGUAAAAUCAAAGCGAGACUACCUCAAACAUCGAAGUAGCUUUAACUGGUUAUAUCUUUCACGUCUUGCGGCUCUGAAGGAAUUUGCUUUCAUGAAGGCUCUGCAUGAACAUGGAUUCCCCACUCCAAAAGCAGUUGAUUGGAAUCGACACUGUGUUUUAAUGACUCUUGUUCCAGGCUAUCCUCUGGUGCAAGUGAAAGAGCUGAAGAAUCCAGCACUAGUGUUUGACACGGUAAUUAGCCUGAUCGUUCGUCUUGCUGAACACGGCCUUAUUCACUGUGAUUUCAACGAGUUCAAUCUCUUGAUAGAUGAUGACGAAAAGGUUACAAUGAUCGAUUUUCCUCAGAUGGUUUCAAUCUCUCACCGGAAUGCGGAAUCAUACUUUGAUCGGGACGUAGAUUGUAUCUACAAGUUCUUUCUGAAAAGGUUUAACUAUGUUCCGGGCGGCAAUGCUCGAACUUUGCAAGGGAUUGAUAAUAAUGUGGACGAAGACGACACAAGACCAGAUUUUGAAAACUUGGCGAGAACAGCCGGAGCCUUGGAUAAGGAACUGGCCGCAAGUGGCUUCACUCAUCAAAACCAAGAAGAUUUGGAUCAGUAUAUAGCACAACAUAAAUCCGAUUCUGAUGGAAAUGCCGCAUCGGAUUCUGACGCAGAGGCCAGCGACAACAGCGAUCCUGGUGAGAGUGAGAUUGCAGGAAAGCUAAACAACACUUCUUUGCAAGCCGAGGAAAAACAAAGCUCUUCAUGCAGUGAAGACGAAACCACAGGGCCCAAGAACGACCACAUACGGUUGCAAAGGUUUAGACGCCGAGAAGCUUCUGCCGUCCGCGGUGGUGAACGACCAGAUCUUCAUCUGUCUCGAAACGUGAACAAAGAUAAAGGAGGAAAGAGAUCGCGUCAAGCCAAGGCGAGACUGGACUGCGCAGGCCUUUGACGUGAACAGUGUCCCUCAGUUUUCUGGCGUCAAGGCCGUGGCUUGACUCAACUUUCAGUGGAAAUUUCUUUGUGGGCAACGUGAUAUAGGAACGUUCUUCCACCAGUCAAGGUGACCGUGACUUGUUCCUCCAAUUCUCUCUCUGAAAGAGGUGACAAUUUUCUUUUUAAGUUUCGCAGUAGUACUCAAUGUGGUAUGAGGUUUUAGAGAUCCUCACAGGAAGAAUGAGGCAGAUCUUUACAAAGAGUGGAAAGAGCACGAGAAAUGGCUGUUAUCUCAAACUGCUCAGGAGAUGGGUGAAAGAAAAUGCUAGCUUCAUAAUCCAGCGGCAACAGCAGCAGCAGCAGCAACAACGGCAAAGAUCAGAGAUAAGUUCUUCCCACGACGAUCAAUUUAGUUUCCAUUUAUCUGGGGUCGAGCUCGACGAGAGAAGUGCCGAAUUCUUCACAGUGAUACGGUCCAGCGACUCUGCCUGGAGAAGCAAAUUCAAGAGCUUGAGGUCCUUAUCAUCGAAUUCUAGUGCAAAAACGAAAGAAGAUCGAUCGAGUGCUGCUCUUCCUUUGUGGCAGAGACGAAGGCACUGUCCAAUCCCAGCUAUUGCGGUCGGUGACGUGGUCACUAGUGCCAUGUCCGCUCGCCAUGUCAUAGUCCAAGGCACAACUGUUUACGUAUAAAACUGUGAGUGUUUCAUU